AUUAUACUGAGCGGUAACUUAAUACGUCAGUCUGGCGGCGCACAGACAAUAAUAGCAGGUGGUGGGAUCCGGGGAGCGACCGAAGCAGGUGGAAAUUAUGUGAAACCUGAACCAGGUUUAUUACUUCAUCAUCUCACCUGGAUCCAAACUACAUUGCUUUUGUUGUGUAUUUCUCCUUUGGAUCCACAAUGCGGUACUCAGCCCUGUUCAUUCCCAGUUGCCUUCUCAUCCUGAGCGCUCUCCGGCUCAGUGCUAAAGAACAGCGGACGUGCAGUGAGACGGACUACUACUAUGAGUACACAGAGUGUGACAGUACAGGUUCUCGGUGGAGAGUGGCCAUUCCACACAGAGCUGGGGCCUGCACCGGCAUACCAGAGCCUGUACGUGGAACAGAGUGCACCUUCUCCUGUAAGUCUGGGGAAUUCCUGGAGAUGUCUGCACAAGAGUGCACUAAAUGCGCUGCAGGUAGCUACUCCCUUGGCAGUGGCGUCCGCUUUGACGAGUGGGAUGCCAUGCCCGCUGGAUUCACGAGCCUUCCGUCCUCUGUGGAAAAUGGCCCACAUGGAGACAGCAGUCUCACCUGCAACAGUUCUGCUUGGCUACCACAAGGAAGCUACCUGGAAUCUAACAGGGACGAAUGCACUGUUUCUCUCAUCUACGCUGUCCACUUGAAAAAACAGGGCUCUGUCAGCUUUGAGUACCAGUAUCCAGACAACAACUUGCUAUUCGAGUUUUUUAUCCAGAAUGACCAGUGUCAGCAGAUGGAAGAUGAGACCGGCGCUAAGUGGCUUAAGCUCACCAAUCAUGGCGAAUGGGCAGCUCACGUUGUGAACCUCAAAUCUGGCAACAACAUCCUCUACUGGAGAACAGGGGGCGUCUUGAUGGGAUCUAAAAUUUUGAAACCUGUUCUGCUGAAAAACAUCCACAUAGAAGGAGUCGCCUACACAUCAGAGUGUUUUCCAUGUAAGCCGGGGACAUUCAGCAGAGUUCCUGGCUCAUCCAUGUGUGAACCUUGUCCUCAGGACACCUACUCAGGCCAUGGUGCCACCUCCUGCAAUCCCUGUGACACCACCAUCCAAUAUGCAGGUAGGUACACCUAAAAAAUAUGUAAAUAAAAAAAAAAAUAAAACUUGCACUUUGGUUGUUUGAUACAAAGAAAGACUCGGGUUAUCUAUAAGUGGAUAGAGCCGAAGAUCUGUCUUGAGGAGGUGGUUGGAGCUGUAAUGUUACCCAUGAGCGGGAAACAAGAACCUUGCCCACCCUGUAACCCUGGUUUCUACAACAAUGACACAGCCACCUGCUCACCCUGUCCACCUGGGACAUUUUCAGAUGGGCUAAAAGCAUGUAAGCAGUGUCCGGCAGGUACUGAACCUACCUUGGGUUUUGAGUACAAAUGGUGGAAUACCCUUCCUGCCAACAUGAAGACAUCCUGCUUUAACGUGGGCAACAACAAGUGUGAUGGCAUGAGCGGCUGGGAAGUGGCGGGUGAUCACAUUCAGAGUGGAGCAGGAAGUUCCGAUAAUGAUUACCUCAUCCUUAGUAUCCAUGUUCCUGGGUUUAAGCUUCCGACUUCAGUGUGGAGCCUGUCAUCCACAGAAUUUGGUCGAAUCACAUUUGAAUUUGAAACGGAGUGCGCAGCCGAUUGUGAGCUCUACUUUAUGAUGGAUGUAAACAGAAAGAGCACCACCGUGGUUGAAUCGUGGAGGGGACCUAAUAGAAGACAGGCUUACACACACGUCAUGACCAAGAACGCAUCAGUUUCUUACACUUGGGCUUUCCAGAGGAGAACCCAACCUUCAGCUGUCCGUAAAAAAAUAAAUGACAUGGCACGGAUCUACUCCAUCUCAGUAACUAAUGCCGUGGAUGGCGUAUCCUCUACAUGUCAGGCUUGUGCGCUUAGCACCCAGGUGUCCAGCGUUACCUGUGUACCAUGCCCACCUGGACAUUACAUAGAUGAGAACACCAGCCAGUGCACGGAGUGUCCUCUGAACAGCUAUCUUGUUUCUCAUGCCCCUCUGGGACCUGAUGCUUGUAAACCCUGUGGACCCGGGAGCAAGAGUGAUAAGGAGCGCAACUCAUGUUACAGCGAUUGUCUCUUCACCCACACGGAGGGCAACGUCUCUCUGACCUUUGACUUUAGCCUCAUUGGCUCAGUAGGAACACUGAUGAUUGGACCGAGUUUCACCUCCAAAGGCACCAAGUACUUUCACCACUUUAACAUCAGUCUGUGCGGAGGGCAGGACCAUCUGGCAGCUUGCACGGACAACGUAACAGACCUAACUUUUACCGACCAGCAGAGGCAAAAAGGUGAAGGAGCCAAUGCCGUGAAGACCUUUAUCUGCCAGUCCACCAUAAUUCCUGCCACCGGACGCGGUUUCCACACGGCGCUGUCUUCACAGUCGAUUAACCUUGCUGACACUUUUCUAGGAGCGUCAGUAGAAACUAAGCUCGGUGAGAUAAAAAUGAAACCAGAGCUGUUCCCCCCUACGUCCAAAAGAGUCCUUGAUGUCAACUUCUACUACAAGUCCUCGGAUUCAACAUCAUCAUGUGAUUCCGGUCGGAGCGUAGUGGUCACCCUUCGCUGUAACCCGGAGAAGAGCAUAAAGGGAGACCUUUCUGUUCCCAGUCAGUGCCCUGCAGGAACCUGUGACGGCUGCACAUACCAGUUCCUAUGGGAGAGCUCAGGUGCCUGCCCGACGUGCAAAGAACAAGAUUUUCAUCAGAUAGAAGGAGCAUGCAAAGGAGGGCAACAGGACUUGUUGUACAUGUGGAACGAACCUAAACUCUGCACGGGUGGUGUGGCAAUUCCUGAGAAGAAAACCUUAGCAUGCAAUGGAAUGGAGUUUUGGAUCCAACUUGGUGCAGCACUGGGCACCUUCACUUCAGUGCUGCUCGUCUUCCUCAUAUGUUACUUCUGGAAAAAAAACAAAAGGCUGGAAUAUAAGUACUCUCGCUUGGUGAUAUCUGCCAAUAAAGAGUGCGACAUGCCUGGAGCUGACAGCUGCGCUGUGAUGGAGGGAGAGACUGAGGGAGACAUGGAGGAUGAAGUGGUCUUCACAAAACCGUCCCUGCUCCACAAACUGAAAGCAAUGACAUCUAAAGGAACUGACGGGAUGUUUGAAAACGUGCAGCUGAACAACCAUUCAAAGGCACUAGUGUGGAGCUAGAACUGCGGUGACGUGAGGGGGAGAAAGGGGAUUGAGACCAGACCCUCAAAGGAAAACUCCUUCAGAUGUAUUAACCAGCUUCUCUCCCUUGGUAUCUCAAGCGUGCGUACAGCACUUUAAAAGGUACUGCAGGUUCUCGUACUGACACGUUGGCCCUAAAGCUUGGUACAUAGCUGACAUAGCUGUCCCUCAGGGACCAUGGUGCCGUGCAGCAAGUGGGCGACAGACAUUUACUUAUGAAGCAGAUGUGGCGGAAAAAAAGUUAGAAGAGCUCAGGGUAGGAAAAGUACUUUUGUGUUCUGUUGUUAUUUAUUUCCUUCUGUUGCCUGAAAUAAUAUUCCUUUAGACAACAGUGCAUUUUCUUUAUUUAUUCUUGUAAUUCGUUCAAUAGAGCCAAAAAAAAAAAAAAAAAAUCACCAUCUUUUUUUUUCUUAACUGUCAUUGAGAACACUGCUUUAAAACUGCUGAUCAGAUUAAAAUUAAGAUGUCAUGUGAAUAAGGUUUUGUUAUCAGCUGUAUGUUCUGAAUAAAGGACUUCUUUGUGUA